AUGCGCGUGACCACGUCUUCGCUCCUCGCGCAGCUCUCGCACGACUGCGCGCGCGCGUUCGACCCGAGGUGUGAUCACGGGGCGACGACUCGCUACGUCGAUGAUUGCGUGGGGACGACGGAGACGCUGUUGGGACGGUUGGAUGAGAUCGAGCGCGCGAUCGUUCGGUGUCGAGACGCCGCGGAGAACGCGAGGGAGGAGCAAGGGGAGGCGUUAAAGCGCACGGUGGCGUCGUUGGAGAGCGAUUAUGCGUUGAUUGAUUCGGUGGAGGAGGCUUUGCGGUCGAUCGAGCGCGCGUGUGGGUCGCUGGAGGACGCGUUGCGGGACGCCGAGCGAAACGUUAAAACCGUCGAGUCCGGGUUGGACGGAGAGGCGAUUCGGAAGAAGUUGACGGCGAUGAUGUCCAGAGUUCGCAGCGUGACAACGGAGACGAUGAAUCGGAUUCCUGCGAGCGCGGGAAGUGGGAGAUCAAGCGAAGCCGUGGCGUCGCCGAGAGGGACGAGCGGCGACCCAACGUCGCCGACGUCUCCGUCCGGGUACUACUUCGGAGAGGAAGAGGACGAGAAGGAGGAGGAUACAAACGGGUCGGGGACCGACGUCGUUCGGGCAAAAGUAAGCGCGAUCGCGGCGAGCGCGAACAAGUUCGUGGGGUCGCUCGCGGAUGGGUUCAAGGCGUUCAGAGUGGGGACAUCAAAGAGCGCCGAAUCUGAGCCGAAGGACACGAACGAUGACGCCGAGAUCGAAAACGCGGAAUAG